CGGCUCACCUGGUCAUGGUUAUGGUUACGACCAGCGUGUAGAGGGACGCAGUUCAGCUAACCCUCCUGAAACGCCAGCACAGGCGUGAUCUUACUGUAUAGAUGUGUGUAGUAAAAGUCGAACGCAGUGUCUCCACCUUCUACAUAAGCUUUCGCAUGUGGUGUUUUUGGGCAUAAGUAGAAUUCCCAAUCUGGCAAAUGUACUUGUCUGCAGCUCCCAACCUGGCUCCCACCUUUGGGGAGUGCUCAUAUUUAGAAGGGUAGGUCGAUAGUCACGGUGACACGGUUUGCAUGACAGAAGACUGCAGUCAUGAAACACCUCUUCUCCAAGCCAUCCAAGAAUGCGAACCCUGCCAAAUUGAAAUCCCCUGCUCCUGAGCCGCCAAUCGUCAGCCGUACGGCAGCACUUCCCGCCACAACCAUUGGUCUGCAACCGAGUUAUGUCGUUCCUCCAGUCCCACACCCCAAUCCUCACGAGCACAUCGCGCUGCUCGCAUCAGAGGACGGCCUGCUCAUGCGUCCCCAUGGUGCGGGACUGCCUCAUCCCGCAUCACAUGUCCGCAUCUCAUGGGGCAAGACAGUGGACAUAGCAGAACUCCCCAGUGACGGUGUUGAUUGGGAAGAGAGCGCGGUCGUUUAUGGAAUUGUCGGUUUAAUGUCCUUGUUCAAUGCCUCAUAUCUCUUGGUCAUAACGUCUCGAUCUGAUGUAGGGCAAUUAUUUGAUGCCUCUCAUUUGAUUUAUGGCGUGAAAAGCGUUGUGUACAUACCCCUUGUGAAGGACCGCGCUCAAUCAGUCCUUUCACGCAUAGCGUCUCGUAACACGUCCGAAAACAGACCCUCCCUUCUUGUGAGCGAUGUAGACGAUCUCCAGGCCCCUGAUGAAGGAACCUCGGGGGGGCCUCGCGUAAAAUUCGCAGAUGAAGAGGACGUGAAGAUCUUGACCCCACGCGAUCAAGUGAAAUUUCCAAUCAACAGCCAUGAUCAACCUGCCUCACCCGAAUUAUCUGGUGCUUCGACACCUGCUUCCGAUGUGUCGAUGACCAAUUCUCCCGUAUCGACGAUUGCAAAUCGCAUGUCGUUCUGGAACCGUCUAUCGAAGCGCUCAUCAAGCGUAUCCGAGGCAGCAGACAUAGAGGAGUCUCUUCUCGAUGAACGAGAAUUAUUCGAUUCCAUCGUACAAGAUGCUAAGGGAGAGCAUCACAAGGUGAUCAAUUCCAUCAUAGCUGCAACUGCACCACCGCCGGAUAGCUCGGAGCAGCGCAACUCUGAACUCGAGGAACGCAUUUUGCGCGGAUGCAUAAGAGAGUUCACAAAGGGAGACAUGUAUUUUGCUCUACAUUUCGACAUCACAAGAUCAUUGCAACACAAACAUGAGCAAUUCACCAAGCUGCAUGCUCAAAACAAGCUACUUUCAGAACUGGAUGCCCUUGCGAAAGAUACGAUUGUCAAUCCACUGGACGACAAAGUGGACGCUCUCUUCGAGCCAUCUGCUAUGUUACCAUUGUGGCGACGGGUCGACCGUCACUUUUGGUGGAACGAAUGGUUAUCCAAGCCAUUUAUAGAUGCUGGUCUUCACUCUUACGUGACACCGAUAAUGCAGGGAUACAUUCAGGUUUCCUCAUUUGAUCUACCCAAAGAUACCUCCGCCAUGCAAGAUGAUUCAGUGGGGCCCGUGGAUUACAUCGUUAUCUCGCGACGCUCCAGGGAUAGGGCCGGUUUACGAUAUCAACGCAGGGGCGUGGACGAUGAAGCCCAUGUAGCUAAUUUUGUGGAAACAGAAGUAAUCAUGAGAGUUCAGAGGAACGGAAUAAGCAACGUGUUUAGCUACGUGCAGAUUCGAGGCUCAAUUCCGCUGUUUUGGACGCAAACAGGUUACAGUAUGAAGCCACCGCCUGUCCUUGCACCAGAAAGAACCCCUGCACAAAAUUUGGACGCCCUCAAACGCCACUUCCGCUAUGCUGUCUCUGUAUAUGGUCCACACACCAUUGUCAAUCUUGCUGAGCAACAUGGGAAGGAGGGACUGAUCACAAAUGCGUAUCGUGAAUAUGCAACCAAGCUAGAUACCAAGGAUGCUCGAUACUGCGAAUUUGAUUUUCACCGUGAAACGAGGGGGAUGAAGUAUGAAAAUAUCUCCAAGCUCAUCGAUCAACUCGAACGUGUGUUUGAAAGCCAAGGGUUUUUCUGGAUUUCGAACAACAUGCUUCUAUCAAAACAGAAGGGCGUAUUCAGGGUUAAUUGCAUUGACUGUUUGGACCGCACCAACGUUGUCCAAUCUGCAUUCGCAAGGCAUGUGAUGAGCAUGCAACUCGAGGCUGUGGGGCUUCUGAAUCCUCCUCAAAACGGAAAGUCGGGGGUGGAGAUUAUCUUUAACGACGUCUGGGCCAACAAUGGUGAUGCGAUCAGUCGAGCAUAUGCUGGCACAUCUGCAUUGAAGGGCGAUUUUACCAGGACUGGGAAACGAGACUUGGGGGGUUUGCUCAAUGAUGGUGUGAACUCCCUCGCUAGAUUGUACAGCGCGACCUUCAGCGACUGGUUUUGUCAAGCUGUCAUCGACUUUACGCUCGGCUACAGGACUCUCUCUGUUUUCGAAGAGUUUCUCAUCAAGCUACAGUCUACUGACCCUAGAGAACUUAUUCGCCUGUCAAGGAUCAGAGCAGAAGCUAUAGCAACUUCUGUCGCUCGCGUAUUGUCUGAGGGCGAAACGUUGAUCUCAGGGUGGACAAUCUUUAGCCCAGAGCAAUUAAAUGUCAAAUUUGACGAUCGAUUCGAGGAGAAAGUGUUACUCUUGAGUGCCCGCGCUCUGUACAUUGUCAGCUAUGACUACAGCUUGGAGAAGGCGAAAAUGUACAUCUGCAUCCCCCUGGGUGCGAUUUCACGGCUCGAGAGAGGUGCUUAUAUCAUCUCUCCUCUGGAAGAGGCGAGCGGAGAUCCACUGCAGAACGCCGGCUUUUCGGUUUACUGGCAUGCCAGCGAUCAAAUCAGUAUGCGCAUGGCUAGUUAUUCAAUGAGAAACCGCCCGGAAGAUACCCCGAUAAAGUUACCACGAGUGGUGCCGGCAAGUAGUUCUACUCAACUCAAGCCGAUGCUGCUACGUCGCGAGCCAACGAAGACAGCCAACUUGUCGGGGAUUAUGUCUAAAGCCUCGGAGAACGCCGCUGGUAACAUGUGUUUCGCAGCUUUCAAAGUGCUCCCGGUGGACCCUGCUCGAGUUAGAAGUGGAUUCAGCGGAUAUGCAGAACCUGCGGAUGACCUCGCAGGAGCAACCACUUGCAAGCAAGUCGUUGAUUUGAUGGUAGACGGCAUCAGGCGAGCUUGCGAUGACGCAGGGAAUUCCCCUGUUAUCGUGGAUCGCGAUGUAGUCAGUCUCACCGAAGCUCAGAAGAUGACCAGCGUUUAUGCCAAAAUGGAGUAUGGCGUGAAGCGGUUACUUUGGCUGGGAGGUUUGGUGUAGUGGGCAAAAUCCUGUUCUCUGUAACUUUAAAUCACUCUACCUUUACUUUUAUACCAAUCGUCUUCAGAUACCUAUGGAAAGUACCGGAUAGCGUCACUUCCAGCAACUGGAAAGGAUUCAAGAAUGCUAUAAAUUCUUUGCAGCUUCGUCGCCGUCAUUUUGCUAUGUUAAUAGGCGACAAAAUACGGUAGACCGUGGCUCUUGAGACACUCGCAGUAUUUGCGACGACCGAAGUCAAGACGACGGACACCGAUUGUCUGGAAAAUAACCCCUUGCGCUCCUUACCUCUUUUAACACUUGAAGUAGCAGAGCCAGUCUAACCCAUCACACCCACUAGUGACGCACUCACCUGUAAUAUUCAGCGCCUUGUCUUUGGCACUUGAUCAAAACGAUCAUCCACAACCUGUGUUCCUGUAGAUGAUGAGAAGUUGAUGUAUUCUCAGCGACCCGAGGCAGAUAUCGUUCCCCUAGAUCUGAG